AUGAGCGAGGCUCUUCUGUUGCUCGCGGAGCUUCCUGGCGAAGUUCUUCACACCGUCUGCACCUUCCUGGACGACGAGGACCUUCUCAACUUUGGAUUCAUCUGCCGCUAUGUCCACCAAGUCGCGCACCCGGUGUACUUGGCACGACACGGGGUGGGUCACCACGACGAUGGAACACUGGGUUUCGCCGACCUACGGUCUGAAGGAGUCGUCAAGGCGGUUCGUUCUUCUCUCUCCAGCCUCAAUUUCCAUCGACUGCUCGUUCCUUUUCACCUUGGACACUCGACGGCGAACGGGGGCUCCCAGCCUCGUGUUUUCGGCACCUCGAUCAAAGCAGGAUUGGAUAGGAUCGCAUGCUCCAACGAGGUUUACAUCAAGCUCGCGUACCCACCCGGCUCGGGCAAUGGGGGUCGAGAAGGGUCUCGGGACCUGCUCGCCAACAGGAGGGCCAUCCAUAAUUGGGAUGCGAGGGGCUUGAGGACGGAAUGGGAUUGGUUCAUGGAUCGUUACCUGUCGCGUUCACAGUGUCGGGUGCUGCAUGUAGAAGGCGAGGUGGAAAGAGGUGGACUGGCCGAGCCUAUAGAGCAGGGUAUAUGGGGCAACUACUACGGCCUUUCGUCGAUCAAUCGCGUACGGUUUCAUUUACCCAAUCCCGCCCUGGCCCCUUUUCGAUGGCUCGGAGUCCUGCCGUCGCCAAAGUUGGAACACUUUGACGUGCACGCUGAGUUCCUUUUCCAUCCGACCCUAUGCCAUUGGACACUGUGCAUACUGAACUCCCCCUCUCUGACCUCCGUAUCGUUCGACCAACUCUCCUAUAUGUCCGAGAGCAGUUGGAACCUUCUCCUUCCGCUCAUCAACAUCCCUAACCUCACGAAACUCUCGAUUAACCAUUGUCGAAUCGCAACUCACGACCUAUACUGCUUCCUCGCCCGCCACCCCAACAUCGAAGACCUUUCGUUUGGGUUUAACUUACCGCGCCUCCUUCCAACAACCCCGCUUCCGAAAAGUGCGCUGUCCAAGCUCCGCUCUCUGACAGCCCCAAUCGAACACCUCGUGGUACUCCUAUCCAUCUCAACGCACCCACUUCCGACUCUCAAAACCGUACGCGUCCUCUACCGCACUCGUCGGGUGACUCUUUUCCUGUCGAACGCCAUCAACAGCGAUCUCGCGCCCAUCUGUUUCCGACUGCGAUCAGUCAGCGAAGUGAUAUUAUCGGUGAUACUCGAGUCAGCAGCGACGGAUUGGCUGGUUAUGGUUCGCUCGGGGAGUCAAGGGCCGCGAUACGAAUUGCCGGAGCACUUGAGGGACGAUGAAGAGGGGUCAAGAUCGAGCUCGACUUCGAGGGCGGGGUUAACGUCAAGUAUCACGUUCACUGGGACAUGUGUGACCCAUCUGGAGGUGAAGGUGAAGCAGUAUGUCCUGCCUCACUCUCUGGUGCUCGUCCUCCCGAAAUGGGUCAGGGCUUUCGAGAAGACCAAGUGUUUCGAUUUGGUGUCUCUGUCUAGUUCUUCUGGGUGGGGGAUAGGGGGAAGGAAAUGUGCCAUGGGGGCUGAAGAUCCGUUCGAACUCGACUCUCAUCGAGAGUCGUUUUUGCGCGCGUUGGUAAAGAAUUGCCCAACUUUGAAAAGGAUCAAGGUGAAUGGAGAGGACGAAGAAGUGCCGUCUGGACGAGCUGCAUCUGUAAUCGCACUGGUGUAA